GAAGGAGGGAGGGCGAAGCUCCCUCCUUUCUCCCUCCCUCCCCCUCCUCCUCCUUCCCGUCCCCUCAGCACGAGGGGAGGGGAAGAGCAUGAACGGCUGCCCCGUCCCUGCCCGCCGCGGCGCCGCUUGGGCGAGAGCGAGGAGGAGAGGCGGAGGCGGAGGAGGAGCGCGGCGGCCGCCACCAGGACGACGACGACAGCCGCCGCCGCCGCCGCCGCCGCCGCCACAGAGUCAUGGUGCCCUUCGCGCCGCCGGAGGGCGCGGAGGAGCCUCAGCCUGAGCCCGAAGCGGAGCCCUCCUCCUGCCCUCCUCCGCCCCCGCCUCCUGCCGCCGCCGCCGCCGCCGGCCUCAUGGAGAUCUCCGGCGGAGGAGGAGGAGGAGGCGGCGGCAGCAGCAGCAGCACAGGCGGAGAGCUGAAUGGCAUUAGAGUGGUGGAUGAACCUAUGGAGGAAGGAGAACCAUAUUCCUAUGAAGAUGAAGGAGUUGUGAAAGAGAUACCUAUUACUCACCAUGUGAAAGAAGGAUGUGAAAAAGCAGAUCCUGCACAAUUUGAAUUACUUAAAGUCCUUGGUCAAGGAUCAUUUGGAAAGGUUUUCCUUGUGAGGAAAAUUUUUGGUCCUGAUGCUGGACAGCUGUAUGCAAUGAAAGUUCUGAAGAAAGCUUCUUUAAAAGUUCGAGAUAGAGUACGUACAAAGAUGGAGAGAGAUAUAUUAGUAGAAGUAAAUCAUCCGUUUAUCGUCAAACUGCACUAUGCUUUUCAGACUGAAGGGAAGCUAUAUUUAAUAUUGGAUUUUCUCAGGGGAGGAGAUGUGUUCACAAGAUUAUCCAAAGAGGUUAUGUUUACAGAGGAAGAUGUGAAAUUCUACCUCGCAGAACUGGCCCUUGCUUUGGAUCAUCUGCACAGCUUGGGAAUUGUGUACAGGGACCUGAAGCCAGAAAACAUUUUGCUUGAUGAAGCAGGACAUAUCAAGUUAACAGACUUCGGCCUCAGCAAAGAAUCUGUGGAUCAAGAAAAGAAAGCCUAUUCUUUCUGUGGUACUGUAGAGUACAUGGCUCCUGAAGUUGUAAACAGACGAGGCCACAACCAGAGUGCUGAUUGGUGGUCAUUUGGUGUUCUUAUGUUUGAAAUGCUUACUGGUACACUACCAUUUCAAGGUAAAGAUCGAAAUGAAACUAUGAAUAUGAUACUCAAAGCAAAACUAGGCAUGCCACAGUUUCUUAGUACUGAAGCUCAAAGUCUUCUCCGGAUGUUGUUUAAAAGGAAUCCUUCAAAUAGGUUAGGAGCUGGUCCUGAUGGGGUUGAAGAAAUCAAGAGACAUCCUUUCUUUUCAACCAUUGAUUGGAAUAAACUAUACAGGAGAGAGAUUCUGCCUCCAUUUAAACCUGCUUCCGGGAGGCCAGAAGACACAUUUUGUUUUGAUCCAGAAUUCACAGCAAAAACACCAAAAGAUUCUCCAGGAGUUCCACCUAGUGCUAAUGCACACCAGCUCUUCAAAGGCUUUAGCUUUGUCGCAACUACUGCCAUAGAAGACCACAAAAUCUCCCCUCUCAACAACAUAUUGCCAAUAGUACAGCAACUUCAUGGCAACAGUGCACUGUUCACAGAUGCUUAUGAACUUAAGGAGGACAUUGGUGUUGGCUCAUAUUCAGUGUGUAAGCGCUGUAUCCACAUGGCUUCAAGCAUGGAGUUUGCUGUGAAGAUAAUUGACAAAAGUAAAAGAGAUCCCUCUGAAGAAAUUGAGAUUCUGAUGCGCUAUGGACAACAUCCUAACAUUAUUACUUUAAAAGAUGUGUAUGAUGAUGGUAAAUAUAUCUACCUUGUCACAGAAUUAAUGAAGGGAGGCGAACUACUGGAUCGUAUACUCAGACAAAAGUAUUUCUCAGAACGGGAAGCAAGUGCUGUAUUGUUUACGAUCACUAAAACAGUUGACUACCUUCAUUGUCAAGGAGUGGUACAUCGAGACCUUAAACCCAGUAACAUUUUAUAUAUGGAUGACUCUAAUAAUGCUGACUCUAUCAGGAUCUGUGAUUUUGGGUUUGCAAAACAACUUCGGGGGGAGAAUGGGCUUCUCUUAACCCCCUGCUACACUGCCAACUUUGUAGCGCCAGAGGUUCUCAUGAGACAGGGAUAUGAUGCUGCUUGUGAUAUCUGGAGCUUGGGUGUUCUUCUUUAUACAAUGUUGGCUGGGUAUACUCCUUUUGCCAAUGGUCCCAAUGAUACCCCUGAGGAAAUCCUGUUACGAAUAGGCAGUGGGAAUUUUUCUUUAAGUGGAGGCAACUGGGACACUGUUUCGGAUGCAGCAAAGGAUUUGCUAUCUCAUAUGCUGCAUGUAGAUCCACAUCAGCGAUAUACUGCUGAGCAAGUUCUUAAGCAUUCGUGGAUAGCAUGUAGGGACCAGUUGCCACAUUACCAGCUAAACAGGCAGGAUGCACCUCAUCUAGUAAAGGGUGCCAUGGCUGCCACCUAUUCUGCACUGAAUAACAAGACAUUUCAGCCUGUGUUGGAGCCUGUUGCAGCUUCAAGCUUAGCUCAACGACGGAGCAUGAAAAAGCUAACAUCAACCGACUUAUAGUUCCACCGGGGCACUUAACCAAAGUGGAGCAAGAGAAAAAAUUCAAUAAGUGGCUCUGUAUCUGCCUGGCCUGUGAUUUAAAAGGCAUAUACAAGUUCCUCCUACACUACUUGAAUUCUGUUGAAGAAAGAGAAGAUAUCCACAGGUUCAGUGGGAUUCAUCACACAUUUUGCAGGAAGUGUCAGUGAUUCAUUGAAACAAAGCAUCAGGGUACAUCAUAAUGAUCACGAGGAGUUUUCUGUACACGGUCCUUUUCAAAGAUCUGUUGCAUUAUGUUAAUACUUUUAAAUACUGUAUAGUUUUUCCCAGUUUAUAAAUAAAUGGUUUAGGGGACCAUCAA